UAAAGCUUUGGCUUCCUAGCUCCUUCUGCACUGUGAACCCUGCAUGCGCUUCAGCUGUUAGGAUGAAGUACACGCUCUUUCUUUCAGUGAUAUGCUUGGCAUGCUGUGUUUCCUCCGAUCCUGAACCUGAUGAUUUAAGCAUCCAAGUCAUUCAAAAAGUGGAGACGGGCGGAGGCUGCUGCGGCGGGCAGCAAAAGGACGAGGACGAGCACGAGGACGAGUGCUCCGCCGGCCCACGAGGACUACGCCUUUGGGUUACUCCUGCUGGCACUCAGGCGGAUGCGAGGGCUGCCUGCCACGCCAAGGGUUACUCCCUCCUGGCCAUCGAGGACCCGUUCCUCUUCGACGACGUCAUUCACACUCUGAGGGAGGAGAUGCCCGGACUCCACGACUACUGGUUGGACGGCUCUGAUGACAAUGGCGACAGGGCUUGGCGGUUCUCUGACGGCUCAGACAUGCCUCUCGGGUCGCCCUUCUGGGACCUGGAGUACUACCGGCCCUCCGGCGGAAUGGAUGCCGGCUGCGUGGCUCUCCAGGGCAGUCGAGAUUACUACUGGCGUGACUUCCCCUGCGGCUAUCUCAAGCCCGGCUUGUGCGUGUGUGGGGAAGCGCCCGAGCCUCCCAUGCCGACAGAGGUCGUCUGUCCAGAGAAUACAACCCUCAUUUUCGAUCGGUGUGUGCUCGUCCUUCCGUACCUCGUGGACGCCUUCCAGGAAGCGCAGGAGGGCUGCGCUGCCGGAGGAGGCGACCUGCUCAGACUCAACAACCCGGGAGUCAUGAGGGAGUUCUACUUCUUUGUCGAAGCUGAUGCAGGAAACUGGAGCGAAAUUAUCUUCGUUGAUGGCCAGCUGAACGACGUUGGAGAAUUCCUCUUUGGUGACCAUUCUAAAGUGCCGAUGGGUUCCUUGUACUGGCAGGUCGGGCACCCUAGCGGGGAGGCCGGCCAUCUACACUACUCUACUUCAGUCUACUUGGUGAACGACGUGCCAUGUGUUGUAAUUCCUCCUCCUCCUUCUAGUCCUUCUUCUCCUACAACGACCACAACUACCCCUGCUCCGGUGGUGCCUGGGCCUCACGAGCACAGGCCGACGGGGCCCUUCCACGUGGCUUGCGAGAUGCCCCCUCUCUGAGCGCCGUCCAGACAAGGGGGAGGGGUGAGAGGGCGACCCCAAUCCUGUCGCUGCAAGUCGUCGUUCUCUCAAGGAACCACAAGUGUUCGGUCUUUUCAUUUCAUUUGAUUCCUUUGGUUUUGCUUAGAAGCAUUGUUCAGAUCCUUGAGCCAUUUCUGCAUUUCGAAUCUGUUCAUUUUGUGACUAAAGUCAAUAGAGAUCACACGUUUGACUGUACUGGAACUUUCCCUGCGAUACAAGCGUGGAUGAUCGAUAGCAUGUUGUUUAAAAAAUUCACAAUUAAUAAAGAAGAUACAACUACAAAAAGCAAA